AUGUCUGUUGACCAGGCGUCCCCAUUGGUGCCGAUCAAACCUCAGAUCGCGUUGCAGAACAGUGCGUUUAUAAAGAACAGUCAUAAUCGAAGUAGCUUCUGCGGGGCUACGCCAUCCCCGACGAAUGGGAACAGAACAUUCAAAACUUUCGCCGUAAAUCGAAAGAGUUGGAGUGGAAACGUAAGUCUUCCACUCCAGCAGUUCCUAGAGGAGCCUCCGCAGUUGGGUACGUUCCGAUCGGGAACGGGAACUUUCCCUAGAAAUCGGGAGCGAAACAAUAAUACUUCAAAUGGAAUAUUAACACCUAAUGGGAACGUGCAGACGUUUAAAGGAAAUGAAGUGAGAAGGAGCGGAUGCUCUAACGGCCGACGGUACGCGGAGAUCGGAAACUGGAACAAAAGGUGA